GUCAAACUGACAACUAUCCGGCGUGUGCGUUAUUUUAUUUAUUAGUAAAAAAUACGUUACAAGUGUAGAAAUUAUGGUUUUAGAGGUAAUAAAAACGAUAAAAGAUAAUUUUAUAAUUUAUUUUAUAAAAUAACAGUUUUUAAAGAAAAUUACUGCGUUGCCAUAUCGUGUAAAAACCUAAAUCAACUGAUAUGCUAAAUCAGUUGAUAUAAACAAAUCAACGUUUCUGCAUUACUUGUUUUAUGAUUUUUAUUGAAUUAAAAUGUUAACAAUUUUCAAGAAAAUCAUUACUACAAUUUGUAUUUAUUUCUAUUUAUUUUAGCAUAUCGUCAUUUUUAAAUUCGUCAAUGAUAGGUACAUAUGUGCUUUUUAUUUUGAUAAGUAUCUAUUAAUUUUAAUUUUAUUACAUUACACUAAAAAUAUGUUUUGAAUUCGCCAGGUAUAAUUAUAUCUUACCCAAAAAUACAAUACAUAAGGUAAAAAUCUUAAAAAUAAUUGCCACUGCACUAACAUACCUCAACAGAUAAUAGGUAGAGAUCAUAAUUAUAUAAUUCCACACCCAAAUCAAACAAAUCAUUAUUUAACCAAGUUUUACAGAGUUAACAACUACCAUGUCGGCGAAUUUAGAACUGCAAGCGAGAAUCAAUUUCUUGGACAUCAACGAUGAUGGAAUUCGUUUUAACCAAAAAAUAAGGUUCAUUCUUGAAAAAUGGACUGCGAACUGCCCGACCAAAGAGGAUGUACGAAAAAGCGUCAAGUCUCUCUACAAAUAUAGCCUGAAGGAUGCAGUUUUGUCAGCAAAAGUUUUGCUACUGUUGACAUCGAUCAAAUUUGUGACGCUGAAAGUAGCAGGGGAGAACGUCCGUUCGUUAUUCCUUAGACGAAUGCAUAAAAAAUUCGAUUCUACCAAGAAAUCAGGCUUUGUGACGGAUGAUGGUUCCAGAAUGUCCGUAAGAAUACUUGGGUUUUUUUACAAUAAAGCUCGUACUGCUUCAGGUGAUGUUUUAGUAUUUCUCAGCGGACCUUUGAUAACACUGCUGAGUUUGCUAUUAAAGUCAAAGGAUGUAAAAAAUGUUAAAUUAUUUGCCUCGCAAAUGUUCCUAAACGGCGUUUCCUUAAAAGAGAAUCAAAGGGAGAAGUUUAAGCAAAUAAUUUUUGAUGUAAGAACGAAUUUACUGACCACUGAAGACGAAUGUGUAAAAAAUUGGCUUAUGUUUUCACUGGAAGUUUCCAAUAUAGGCUACAGUGUUCUACCAUCAGAUAUGCAAUUAUAUUACCAAAGUAUAAUGAACGAUGAAGAGUUUGGUAAUGUUUACAAGUUAACCCUUGAAAAUCACCAACAGAGAACGAUUUUCAAGGCUCUAAAUGGAAAGGAAAACAAAAAAGUACGAACCCAAGUCGAUGAAAAUAUUUUUCACAAAGAUAUAAAAAGGAAUAUACCUUCAGCUUUAACGCGAAGACUUGAGGCCAUCAGACGCAAUAAAUAGAUGUCAGUGUAUAUAGUUGUAUAGUUGUAUCUAAAUAAAGUAUUUUAAUGAACACCUUGUUUAUAUUAAAGUUACUUUCAAGUAUCUUUUUUUUCAAGAUACUUUCAGCUCUAAGUGUUUUUAAUAAUAAUAAAAUGUAUCAAUAAGUAUUUUCACCCAAGUAUAUUGUUAGGGGUAAUUCGUUAAUUCUUAGAAUUUCUUUUACAAUGGAACUAAAUAAAUAUAAAAAAGGUAAGAAAAAU